UUGUUCAACAAAAUUCUGCAAAAUUCAUAGUGCUGCAUAGUGCUAUUCCUCUGAGAUUCUUUCCGAUUUCUGGCUCAUGAAAAGUCUUCUUGACGCCACAACACGGGCGAAAUAUACAUUGUUCUGGUUAAAAAAUAUAAACAAACUAGUAAGGACGCUAAACUCAUCAUCUUCACGGAUUGUAAUCGUAGAGAAUAUGGCGGAGUUGGAUAACACGUGUACGGUACCGGAGAAGGAAGAGAAACUAUCUGAUAACUCUCCUGAGAAAGAGAUUAUCGGAACCUUGAAGAGACCACUGCAGGAUGACACUAUGAUAGAAGAUGAAGCUUUGAUCAAAAGAGUGAAAACUGAACAACAAGAAGAUGAGGUAUGUUCAACAUGCAACAAUUAUUCACCGAGAAGUAGGAAAAAAUGUAGUAAAGGUGUUAUUUUCAAAGAGUUAUUUUGAAAAUAUUAUUGUAGAGUAAUGUGUGGUGCAAGGACACUGUGACUGGAAACCUUUACCUGCAGUGUAAACAUACCAUGUUCAGCUGCAAUUUAGUUCUCUUUGUCCGGUAACUUAAAAUCCCUAAUCCCUAUCAACUGUGAAAGGAAACGCUAGAUCUUCAUACCACUGAUCAAUUUCCCCAUAACUAAUAUACCCCGCUCUAGAUUUAAAUGGUCCGAUUUCCAUAUGCCAUCCCAGACUAAACAGCUCUAAAAUCUUACCUUUCAAGUCUGAUCGUUCUGACCGCUAUAGCUGUUGCUGGAUUUGUUUACACAACACAAGCGGUGCAAGGGAAAUGGAUCUGCACAGGGUGGUUGCAGGUUUCACAGGGGCAUAUGGCUUAAAAAACUUGCCUUUUAAGAUAGCCUCAUGCUCUGAAUGUUAAUAAUGGCCUUCCAUUGUUAAAGGAGGUAAUGAUCUUUCAUCAAAGAGGGAAAUAUUAAUUAAAUCUUAACUUUAAAGAAAACAGGCUUAAAAUGUUAGUUUCCUGGACAUUUCAGGCCUUCACUCAUGAUAGCAAAUAUUGUGCUUUUGAUCAUAUCUGCAUGGAAAGAGUGCAUGUCAACUCUCUCAUAGCAACCACUUCUUAUAAGCAACCAACUGCCAUAAGCAAACACUUUGAAAAUAACCAUUUUGUUUCUUAGUCAAACACUGUUUCAGAAACUCUCGUAACCGACCACUACUUAAAUUUCUAAUGACCACUUUUUAAACAAGAGAUUUGACAUUUUUUGUUUUCUGUUGCCCUUAAAGCGACCACCCAGCAUGAUAACAAGAGAAUCAUUGCUCGAAUGUCUCAAAAGUUCAGUGUUUGAUAGCACUGACUAAGCAUGCUGACAGAUUAUAGCAGCUUACUUUAAAAAAAGACGGCUGUAAGAUGAUCUGUAGGUAAAAAAGUAGAUAAAUUUGCAACAUUGAUGCAAAAUGUUGUACAAAGUUUUAGAAGUCCUAAGUGCUAUUCGAUGUAAAAGAUUAUUGCCAGUUACUUAUUUGCUUACAUUUUAGCUUGUAAGAUAAUCAGUUCAGUUUGAGCUUAUUUUCUUGAUAUUUCCUAUAGACGACCAUCUCCCGUAAGCAAGCCCGUAAGCUCCUGUCUUGCUCCAAGGGUGGUAACUUAUAAGAUAGUUGGCUGUAUUAAUAUUAAUAAGAUAUAAAAUAGCACAGUUAGGGAAAAGUUAAUAUUAUCAGCAAUACUGUUAUAUGGUAUGUGUUACUCUGUUUUUUUUUUGUCACACCUCCAGAAAGCAGAGGAUGGUAAGAAAGGAAAAUCAAAUGUUGUUCCAAGGAAAAAGAAGUGUGCCUUGUUGUUGUCAUAUUGUGGUGCAGGAUAUAAUGGCAUGCAAAUGUAAGUAGGACAUCUUGUUUUUCUUUUGAAUGGGUAGAACAGGUAUUGAUCUUGGCAAAACUGCUCCUUUUUUUAAUGAUGUGAGUACUAAAGGCAUGUUUUCACAGGGUUCUGUAUUGUUAUGUUGAGUCAUUUUCGUUAUUUUCAAUAUGAUUUCUUUUCCCUGCCCCAAAAAGCAUUUUUUGGCUAAUUUGCAGGGCAAUUGUGUUUAGGUUUAAUGUGUGUGAGUAAAGUUUUGUUUGUUGUUGUUGUUUGAAAAUCCUUCUUGGCCCCUUCUAAGAUAAUUCCAUAUCCUUUUAUUUUUUCAAAAUCUUACCAUUUUCCAUAAAACAAUGAAAGUAGUCUGGCUAAAUGCCUGGGGAAAGAGGAAAUAUAUGUAGGAUGAAGUCAGUUUAAGGGACAAGAAUUAAAGCUAAGAUAUUUUUUAACUUUAUGAAACUAGUUACUUUGCAGACUGUACCCAGUAGCUCCAGUCUACUGUCUUUGGGCUAUCAAUUAUGUAAUCAUGUAGUUACUCUUUGGUGAAAACUUAGCAGGGUGGAUGUUGACAUUGAACACUGUUGUUGUUCACUUCAAGAGUCUAAAAUGUCCAUUAUAGUUGUAUGGCCCAGCCUUGUUUGUAGCUGUGUUUGUUUAUUAUCAUGGACAAUAGAAAAUUCAGCCCUAAUCUUUGCCAGGUAGUGUUUUACUCAGUAGCUGUCUGGUGACAAGACGGGCAACAAUCCUUAGCUGAUGGUGUGUUCUUUGACAGCCUUCUUAAAUUUUUGAAAAUAACUGUUGCUUUUCCCUUACUUUUAUGAUGACUGUUUCUUUUAAAUGUUUUUACAACCAGUAAUCCAGGAGUCAAGACUAUUGAAGAGGAACUGGUGAAUGCAUUGUACAAAGCAGAGGCAAUAACUGAAGAUGGCAAGGCCUGUUUAGGCAAAGUCAGUGUUUUAUUCUUAAUUGUUGUUUCACCAUUUUUCCUUAUUAAAGUGGUGCCUGAAAAAUGCCUGACAUGACUUAUGGUUUACUGCUAAAUUCUCCCAAGAUAUUACCUUGUAUUUACUUGUAAAGCAAAGAGAGAAUUGGGCAUUAAAUCAAGAGCCCUUGUACACAGGGCUUAAUUUGAACAUUGUGACAUGAAAUUACAUGACUACAUGCCAGAAAUCAAUAGAGAAAGGUUGUCUGUUUGUUAAAUAACUCAGUUUUAAUUCUGUAAUUAAAGCACUGGUAACAAGUACUGUGGACAACAAAAAGGACCUUUAACAAGUGCUUUUUGAUGCUAUUUAUUAUUGUAAUAUUUUUGUAAUGAACUACCGCUGGUAAUUACAUGUGCCUGUAGAAGUGAUAAUUUUCAGGGCCGUCACUAAGGAACAGGGGCCACAGAUUUUCUUUGGCUACUACAAAUAUGAAUGCAGGGUGGAAAGAAAAUCAUUUUUACAGCCUGCCAUUCGGGCAAGCUGAAGCUAGCAUGUACUAGCCCAGACGUCCUUUCAGCUAGCCCCAAAAACUUUUUGACUGGCAGAAUUGAUUUCACAGUUCUUCUGUUAUUUGAAUUCCUCAAAAAACAUCACUUGCCUGUUGGCAAGUUAAAAACAGAAUUCACUGGCCCGAUAGCAAAAUCCACUAGCCCCGGGCUAACGGACACUACUUUCUUUGCACGCUGCGACUGCCACCUACUUUCAUAGGAAACAAAAGGAAAACAGAACCAAAAUAAUUUCCUAACUGUUCAUUUUCCCACCAACUAAUUACAUAUAGCUGGCAACUUGAAAUCUUAGUGACCACCCUGACUCAAUCAAUGAAUCAAUCAAUAAAGCUUUAUUAACGGUAUCACUUCAUUAAAAAAGCUCUUCCAGUGAGCCGUUUACAUAACAAAAUUUUCAGAGAAACUACAUUAAUGCUAAAAUAUAUCUAUAUAUUAAGAAAAUCUAUCCUAUAAUAUUAUUAAUUACACAUAUAUGUUCGUUAACCCUUCAAGCCCCUGUAUCCACAUACAAAUUCUCCAAACUGAUCUCCAUACAUUUCCUUUAAGAAUGAAUUGAGAUAAUUUGAUAAAAGAUCAAGUCAUUUUUACUUGGGUGAUCAUUUUAAGAAUUCUCAUAACUUAUCUCUUGACAAUGUAUGGAUAUUGUUAGGAGAAAAUUGAUCUUGGUCACUAUUGGCACUUAAAGGGUUAACUGGGCUGAUUAUUUUGCUGUCUUUCUCUGCUUAACCCCAUAGAUGUCAUUUCAGCGAUGUGCUAGAACAGACAAAGGAGUGUCUGCUGCAAGACAAGUUGUUUCAUUGAAGAUAAGUAUUGCCAUGAUUUGUUAGUUGAAUUUUCUCAUGCUCAAGGCAGUAUGGAUUUAACUAUUUCUUGUUACCUGAGAAGAAUUGAACAGAUACUUGGAAAGUCAGUCUUUGCAAAAUGAUUUUACUUUUUCUUAUUGUUCCAAUGUGGUAAGUAAUUGAUAAUAUAUUCAUAUAUUUGUAUCACAAACCAAGAGUAAUGUGUACACUGUAACUUGCAAGCAAGUCUUAAAAAAAAUUGCACAGUGUACGUAAUAUAAUAAUGUGAUAGAUAAUGACAUAUUUUUUGUUUAUAUCAUUCUCUUUUCAUAAAUGGUGCCAGAGCAAAGCAUUGUACCAAAGAUAAAUGAACAUCUUCCUCCUGAGAUAAGAGUUAUUGGUGAGUUUAACAUGAAGUUAAAUUUCUAACAUUACUGUAGUACAUUGUAUAACAAUUCAAAUGAAACCUCUUCAGCAGCACAUUGUCCUUUCACAUGGUGCUAUUUAUUAACCCAUUUGCUCCCGAGAAUUUUGCAGAAAAAUGCUAAAGCUUACCACAAAGCCCUUUACAGGUUGUGUACUUUGCAACCUUCUGAUCCACAUGCAAAAUAAUGGCUUUCGAAGUUCACACUUGUGCAGAAAACAAAAUUUCAAGGUAGUUUUUGGGUUUAAAAGUGACACAACAGUCUUGACUUUUCCUUUUUGUUUUCUCCUCCUCUCUUCUUUCUCUGGGCAUUUCGGAGGACAAAACUGUUUAUUGUGACGCUUCAAAUGAAAUCCCUUCAGAAGGAUGUGCUUUAAACUUAUGAAGAGUUUUUUACGGAGGUACUCCUCAUUGACUACAAUGUGAACCCGAUUUUUUUCAAAUUGCUUACAUGUUGGCCUAAUUAUUAUGAGAGUACUUCUUUCAUUGAAUUUGCAGAAUAUCUCUGCUUACUUUUUUAUUUCAGCUAUGAAAAGGACAACUAGAGGUUUUGAUGCUAAAGGAAACUGUUCAGCCAGGACAUAUGAAUAUCUUACUCCAACCUAUGCCUUUGCUAAAGAUUAUGUAAGUCAUCCUCAAAGUUCUACUUUUUACAAGCAAGUUAAGAUAAAAAAUAAUUGAAUAUGACAUAUUUUACAUAAAAAAGUUAUAUUUUCAUGCCCUGGUUAAUUGUGAAUUGAUUGAGGUUAAAACUGCACAACUUCGAAAAAAAUCAAUCCAUCUAAAUGGUUCUUUUCUUCACUAACUUUCCUAACAAUCAAUUUAAACUGAAAUGACUGCCUUGCCUUCUUCUUUGGCAACUUCGAAGGUACACUGAGCGAAACAGUUGAAGACAUUGCAAUGGGGAAAGUCGCUACUGUGCUCAUUAUUCUCCUCUUCAUGUCAGUGUCCAGUGCCACUCCGUCAGAGACAUGAUUUUACAUUAUGAGAAGGGUGAAAACCUGUGUGUGAUCUAUGGUACCGGGAAAUGGAUACUAUGGCAUACAUGUCGCCUAGGUGUCCAUAUUUACCAGGUUGCACUGUAGUGUUGUUGCUACACUGUAAUAGUUUGAAGUGUGUUUGUCUUUUCUCUGGUCUGACUAGAUAAACUUAUUCCAUUGCUUUUUAUUUUCUGUUAUCGGCAGCAAACAACCUCAAACUACAGAGUUUCAGGUAAGAAUGAAAACUCACUUUAUCAUUUUUCUGCUGAAUUCCAGUGUCUACACAUGUGUAAUUAACUUCAUAUUUUCAAUUUAGUUCCCUGUGACUUGUAUACAAAUGUUAUUUCUUUACCAUUUCUACAUUAAUUUAUAGAAGACAAGAUUGAGGAAGUCAAUCAAGUGCUUUCAAAAUUCCUUGGCACACACAAUUAUCAUAACUUUACGUCAGGCAAGUGAGUGAAUUACAUUUUUAAAAUGUACUGGUUACUAUAUUUUAUACUGUAUAGUUGACACUAUAACCAAGGAGAGAAACGGAUUCUGUUUGUGACAUUGAGAGCCUUACUGUCCCUUUUGGGCCAGGAGGUGUUAGUUUGUGAGCAGGUUCUCAUGUAGUGAAUGAACAGCCUAACCAUGAGACAUGAGCAUGAGCAGCAAAGCCACUGGAGAGAUAAGCCAGUGUGGCAGUCAAAGAGGAAAUUGGCACAAAACUCCAGCGCAAAUGGGCAAACACUACCCUCUGUACUCUACCUUGAGCUACAAUAGUAUUUUCUGCUGUUAAGAGUAGUCAAGUUACAAAUGUAUGUCCAGGGCAUGGUUUAGACAUCAAGGGUUUUCAUUUAGAAUAGCAUCAACUUUUACUAGCUAACUGGUCUGUGUGGUGAAGAAGAGAUUAAAUCAUGGACCAGAUUUGCAGUGAAAGAGCCUUAUAGAAUGCAAUCUUACAUUCUCUGCAAUGGUAGCUACCUAGUGGAACUUAAAUAGAAUCUGCUUUUCUCCUCUUUUGAUUUUUUGACUUUUUUCUCAGGCGUUUUGAUGAUGCCAGUGCAAAACGAUAUAUUAUGAAGUUCAAGGUACCAGAGAAAUCCUUGCAUAUUUUUUUAUCUGUUGUUGUUAUCGUCAUCAUUAUCAUCAUCAUCAUCAUUAUCAUCAUCAUCAUCAUCAUCAUCAUCAUCAUCAUCAUCAUCAUCAUCAUCAUCAUCAUCAUCAUCAUCAUCAUCAUCAUCAUCAUCUUCUGGCUGCUGAGUGGGUAACCACAGUUUUUGUUAUCUCCUCGUAGACAUUGCGUGUACUGUUGAUAGAAAAUUUUAGGCUUGCCUUUUUCCAUGUUAAUGAAGGCAUAUACAAAGUGAAAUUUUAGUUAUUUGUCCUUUGGUAGAUGCAGUAUAUAUAUUGUUAAUGGAAUCAAAGGAUGCAUGCGAUGGUUAUAACAUUUGUCGUCAGGUUGUGGUUGUUUUUUUUUUUUGCGCCCAUGUUUCCAAUAUUAAUCAAAACUCUUUUUUUCUAUAGUGUGGAAAGCCAUUUGAGAAAGAUGGCAGGGAAUACAUUACCUUAUCAGUUAAAGGCCAGAGUUUUAUGCUUCACCAGAUCAGAAAAAUGAUAGGUAAGAACUGUUAUGAGGCACUGGUCUUGUACAAUUCUUAACCCGCGCCCAUGCGUUCUUCUCGUGUGGCAAAUGGUGGGUAAAGGAGGAUACAGGUCAUAACUUUAGUGUUAAGAACACUUCUUGAAAAAGCGGAGGAAUCUGUUUAAAAGUCAUCACAUGGUAGUGAUAUGUGGGUAAAAACGGGAAAACAAGAGUAUGGGCAAAUUUAGAAAUGAAUCGUUCGUCUUGAAAAUUAAAAUAAGACGCCAAGGAAUGAAUUAAUUUCUACAGAGUUUAUACCGGGUAACCGCUUCAUUUAUCAACACUGUUAUACAACUCAGAUAUCUAUGUUGAUAUUACUGUUGCUUUUCUUACUUUCUCUAGGUCUUGCAUUAGCAAUUGUCCGUGGAGUUGCGCCUCUGAGUACAAUAGAGC